UCAAUAGUCCCUUUUUACUAUUGAGUAGUAUUCCACUGCAUGGAUAUACCACAAUUUGUUUACACAUGCAACUGUUGCCUGACAUUUGGAUUAUUUCCAGUUUGAGACUGUUACAAAUACAUUUCCUAUAACCAUCUGUGUACAAAUCUUUGCAUAGACGUUUACUUUUUUUUUUUAAGAUUUUUGUUUUUUAAAGUAAUCUGUACACCCAAUGUGGGGCUUAAACUCACAAUUCCAAGAUCAAGAGUUGCAUGCUCUAUCCACUGAGCCAGCCAGGUGCCCCUAGACCUUUGCUUUUAUUUCUCUUGGGUAAAUACCUAGGAAUGAAAUUGCCAGGUCAUAUGAUAAGUAUAUGUUUAACUUUUAAGAAACUGCUGAGUUGUUCCCAAAAGAGUUGUGUGUUGGCCCCUCCCACCAGCAGUGUGUGGGAGGGCCAGCCGCCUCGCAGAGCAUCUGGUUUAGUGGGCAGGAGAGGAGGCUCAGACAUGAGGCUUGGGCCUCUCUGUCCUGCCCUUCCAACCACUGUGGUGACUUGGUGAGUCCCCAGUUGUGAGUGCCUGGACGGAGGAGCUGAGACUAGGUAACUCUCUAUGCAGUGCUCACUCAACUAAACUUUAGUAAAGAUAGUUAUGAGGAUUUGUGUACCUUCAUGGUACAAGACCAUAUCCCCUGACUGCCCAAGAAGUCUUACACAAAUUCUGUGUCAUUCCCUGGACUCCCAAUUGUGGUUCUUCUGAGGAUACUGUUUCAGAAGAAGCACAGGCCCCACUCUGUACCAGAUAGGGAUUAGCUGCCCUAUCUGGGCUCCAGGGCAGACUCUGUGGCCCCAAAUAGGCAUGCAUGCUAUUAUCCCCAUCCCCUCUGCCUCACACAGACUGCCAGAGCCUCUGCAGCAGUUGGGCAACCUUGUGGCUCUGACCAGCGCCUGUGGACCGCCUCUUGGGGUCAGGGACACCCAGAGUUGCAUCCCAUUACCAUAGCAUGGAGCAAGAGUUUUGCAAUAGCAGUUCCUGCCCUGGAGAGCUGAACCUCACAGUGGGGAGGAGGGAGCAGCCAGAGAUUACAAAACCCCUAACUGAAGCCAUGAUAGAGGUAAGCCUAAGGGUGUGGACAACACAGAGAGAAAGGGCUGCAUUCCAUACAGGUCAUGACUGGGCUGAAUCUAAAAGGAAAAAGGAGAGGUGCCUGGGUGGCUCAGUUAGUUAAGCAUCUGACUCUUGAUUUCCACUCAGGUCACGAUCUCGAGGUUUGUGAGUUCAAGCCCUGCGUCAGGCUCUGUGCUGAUGGUGUGGAGCCUGCUUGGGAUUCUCUCUCUGUCCCCACCCUACUUGUGUGCACUCUCUCUCAAAAUAAGUAAACUUUAAAAAAAAUUUUAAUUUUGUAAUGUUUACUUUUGAGAGAGAAAAGGAGACAGACAGAGUAAGAGGGGGAGGGGCAGAGAGAGAGAGAGAGAGAGAGAGAGAGAGGGACAUGCAGAUUAUGAAGCAGGCUCCAGGCUCUGAGCUGUAGGCACAGAGCCCAACAUGGGGCUCAAACUCGCAAACUGCGAGAUCAUGACCUGAGCCGAAGUUGGAUGCUUAACUGACUGGCCCACCCAGGCACCCCAAACUUAAAAAACUUUUUAAAGGAAAAUGGACAGUUGACCAGACCAAGAGGGUAAGGAAGAACCUUCCAAGGGGAAGGGAAAUGCAUGCCAGGCUCUGUGGGGGAACCAAACAGCUCUUUGGGGAACUGCAAGUAGUUCCCUGUGGCUGUAGUUAAGGGGUCAGGGGGAUGUGGCCAGCAACAAGGCUGGAGAAGUACACAAGGUCACAUGCAGGGGCACCAGUUGCCCAUAAUCGGGAGAUGGGCUCUACCUGAGGUCAAUGGGGGGUCCUCCAAGGGUUUUAAAAGGAAAAGAACAUGAUCAAAUUCACGCUUUUGGAAGAUGGUUCUGAGAGCAGAGUAGAGGAUGGUUUAAAGGGGAAAGAUUUGAGGCCAAGAUCACUUAGGAGAAUAGUUGUAGCUGUCGUGGUGGCGGGGACGGUGAUCUAGUGGUAUUGGUGAUUAGUAGUGGUAAGAACAGCAGUAGCAAACGGUGCCAAGCACCAUUCCAAGUGCUUUAUAAAUAUAGACUCAUUUAAUCUGCAUGGCAACACUCUAACAUGCAGUAGGUGUUUUCAACAGCCCCAUUUUCCAGAUGAUGAGACCGAGACCCAGUGAGACUAAAUAACCUCCCCAAGGUCUACAGUCCAGCUCCAGAAUCCACAGCUAUUGCAUGAGGACUGCGGUGUUGCCUAACACUGUCAGUGAAGAUGGCGAUAAUCAAGAGAUGCUAAAGAGAUAGCCUCUGAGACAGGGGUGUGCGAGGGGCGGGCCGUUCCGGUUGGGCAGAUGCCCGGCUAGGAGGGUGGGGUCAGAAUUCCACGAGACUGGUUUUCUACCUGCUCAGCUUGCAGCACCUGUGGAGCCUCAGCAGAAAUUUCAAGAGGUGGCCCCGUGAGGAGUUGGAGCUUAGGCGAGAAGUGCAGGAGGCGAGUCAGGAGCAAAAGGCGUACAACACGGUGGUGUGGACAAUUCUGUACAUCACGCCCUGCUCAUCACGCCCUGACUGCUUCCGGCCCUGAGUCACAGAGGAGGUACCAGUGACCACUCCAAUCACAACAGCAGCUGUAGCGGCGACAGCAGCCGCCCUGUCAGUCAGGCACAUCUGCCCUCCUGGACGCAUCGCAUUGUACAGGUGAAAGUCCCAGACUCCUGGCCAGGAUUUAAGUUUGCCUCAAAUAUGGAAGUAGACUGGGAUAAUUACAGCUUGGAAGAUCUCUUCGACAUGGAAAAUUAUAGUUACAACACUGACCUGCCCACUAUUCUGUCAGACUCUGCCCCAUGCAGGCCAGAAUCUCUGGAAAUCAAUCAGUAUGCCAUGGUGGUCAUCUAUGCCCUGGUCUUCGUGCUCAGCUUGCUGGGAAACUCCUUAGUGAUACUGGUUGUCUUAUAUAGUCGGGUGAGUCGUUCUGUCACUGAUGUCUACCUGCUGAAUCUGGCCAUAGCCGACUUGCUCUUUGCCCUGACCUUACCUAUCUGGGCUGCCUCCAAGGCAAAGGGCUGGAUCUUUGGCACAGCCCUUUGCAAGGUGGUCUCACUCCUGAAAGAAAUCAACUUCUACAGCAGCAUCCUGUUGCUGGCCUGCAUCAGCGUGGACCGCUACUUGGCCAUUGUCCAUGCCACACGCACACUGACUCAGAAGCGGCACUGGGUCAAGUUCAUAUGCUUAGGCAUCUGGGCCCUGUCCCUGAUCCUGUCCCUGCCCAUCUUCAUCUUCCGCAGGGCCAUCUAUCCCCCUUAUUCCAGCCCAGUCUGCUAUGAGGACAUGGGUGCCAAUACUACAAAAUGGCGGAUGGUGAUGCGGGUCCUGCCCCAGACCUUUGGUUUCCUCCUGCCUUUGAUGGUCAUGCUGUUUUGCUAUGGACUCACCCUGCGCACGCUGUUUGAGGCCCACAUGGGGCAGAAACACCGGGCCAUGAGGGUCAUCUUUGCUGUCGUGCUCAUCUUCCUGCUCUGCUGGCUGCCCUACAACCUGGUCCUGAUCGCAGACACCCUCAUGAGGCUCCAGGCGAUCAAAGAGACCUGUGAGCGCCGCAAUGACAUUGGCCGGGCCCUGGAUGCCACCGAGAUUCUGGGCUUCUUCCACAGCUGCCUCAAUCCCAUCAUCUACGCCUUCAUUGGCCAGAAGUUUCGCCAUGGACUCAUCAAGAUCAUGGCCAUCCAUGGCCUCAUCAGCAAAGAGCACUUGUCCAAGGACAGCAGGCCUUCCUUCGUUGGCUCUUCUUCAGGGAACACUUCUACUACCUUCUAGGCUCCUGCCCCUGUUGCAGCCCCUCGGGGCUCCUCCCUUGCCAUCAGCACCCCAUUCUAAGCCUCACGCCCACUGGCUGUCCACAGUCUCUAUGUCAAGGCAGCCCCCGUUGUGGUUACAGGAAGUUACUGGGGUCACAUCCUUAUCAGGCCCUCCUUGUUUGGUUGAGAAAGCCUGCCCUGCUGCCCCUCCCCUUACUGUAGUUGCUAUGUCAGCUGCUAGGGCUCAGUCCAUCCUACCACUGAGCCCAUAGCACCCUGUCCCCUGAGACACUUAAAGACAUUUAACAGACAUUCUUUUAAGUGACUACAGAAAGUUCCCACCAUUGGGAGCCAUUAGUGGCAAACAGCAUUGGUUGCUGCCCCAACUCUCUCUUUCUUGCCUGUCAGCAAAGUCCAGUUCCCUUGAGAGAGGCCAAAAAGGACAGGUACUCCUUUCUAAGACUCCUUUUUGCUUGGAGUGGCCUUAUCAUUCACUUCUGACUAAUAAGAUUUAAGGGCAUUAGUGUGCUGGUCAACCACUGUCCUGGGGAAAAAAAAGUCCUGAUUUGUAGCAUUUGCCAAGUUGCCUGGUGUAAAUGCUCCACCGUGGCGAUGUCACGGGUGGUGGUAUUUAGCAACCAGCUCACAAAAAUCUAGGAAAUGUAAUGAUCUGCUUUCACAAGCAGGUACAAACUGGCUUCAGUGCACCAUUGCUUAAGAGGAAGUCUGCUGGGACCGGAGGACUCCUGGGAAGUACUCCUGAUUAAACACACACACACACACACACACACACACACACACACCCUUGGUUCUUGCCUUUAAAUAUGGUUGUAGGAUAUAAUGUGACAAAGUGGCAAAAACUAAGUAUGCCCAACAUACUCAGGCAGAUGGAGUCAAAGUAUAAAAAGGACCCGAGAAUGAAGAGCCCAGAAAGAAACCUAAGCAUAAAUGGUCAAAUUGUUUUCAACAAGGGCGUCAAGACUCUUCAGUGGGGAAAGGAUAGUCUUUCAACAAAUGGUGCUGGGAAAACUAUUCACGUGCACAAGAAUGAACUUGGUCUCUUCUCUUACACUAUACACAAAAGUUAACUGAAAAUGGAUCAACGACCUCAACAUGAGAGUUUCAAUGAUAAAACUCUUAGUAGAAACAUAGAGGAAAAAUUUUAUAACAUUGGAUUCAACAAUGAUUCCUUGGAUAUGACACCAAAAGCACAGGCAACAAAAGAAUAAAUAGAUAAAUUAGAUUUCAUCAAAGGUAAAACCUUAUGUACGUCAAAGGGUACCAUCAACAGAGUGGAAAGGGAAACCACGGAAUGGAAGAAAAUAUUUGCAAAUCAUAUAUCUUAUACAGGUUACUUUCCACGAUAUAUAAAGAAUUCCUACAAUUCAACAACAGCAGACAAUAACAAGUGUUGGCAAGGAUAUGGAAAAACUGGUGGAACCCUCGUGCACUGUUGGUGGGAAUGUGAAAUGGUGCAGUUGCCGUGAGAAACAGUGCCUCAAAAGAUGACACCUAGAAUUACUAUACGAUCUGGCAAUUCCAUGUCUAAGUGUAUACCCAAAAGAACUGAAAGCAGAGACUCAGAUAUUGGUACACCAGUGUUCAUAGCAGCAUUAUACACGAUAGCCAAGAGGGGAAAACAACCCAAAUGUCCUUCAGUGGAUGAUGGACAAACAAAAUGUUGGAUAUACGUACAAUGGAAUUUUGUCUUCAGUCUUAAAAAGGAAUGAAGUUCUGAUACAGGCUACAAGAUGGAUGAACCUUGAAAACAUUACACUAAGCGAAAUAAGCCAGACAGAAAUAGCGUAUGAUUCUACUUAUUGGAAGUACCGAGAAGAGUCAAGUUCAUAGAUGAAAAGUAAAAUAACAGUUACCAGGAAAUGGGGAGAGGAGAAAAUGGGAAGUUAUUGUUUAAUGAGUACAGAAUUCAUUUGAGGAAGAUGAAAGGUUCUGAAGAUGGCUUGUGGUGAUAGUUGUACAACAGUGUGGAUGUGCUUAAUGCCCCUAAACAGUACACUUAAAAAUGGUAAAAAUGGUAAAUUCUAUGUUAUGUGUAUUUUACUACAAUGAAAGAAAAAAAAAAACUAGUUCCCAAAAGACAAAUUGUAGCCACUGAACCAGCCAUGGAACCAUCUACCAAUAAUUUCUUGUUAAGGGAGAUAAUUAAAUGUCUUUUUUUAUAUAUAAACCACUUUUAGUCGAGUAUUUAAUUACUUGCAACAAAAAGCAUCCAAACUGGAAAGUCAGAUAAGGGUGAGCAGAGGUCCUGAGUGUACAUUUAUUUACAAUAAAUAAACCCCUUUGCUCUUUAUUGGACACACAGAGAGGAUUGAAAUAGAGAUCGAGGCCAGCCUUUCUACCUCCUUCAUCCUGAGCCCAAGCUUGUUGUUGCUGUCAUGUGUUAUGGAAGGAAAUGUGUCCCGGGGUCAUCUAGUGCUUCUCGUGACUUUGGGUGAAACCAUAGUCAAGAGUGUCAAGGAUGGGAUUAGAAAAGCCAAGUAUGUUGACCAGAUCAGCUAGACGGGGGAGCAGGAAGCCAGAGAGCUCUCCUGAGCCCAGUCAGCAACCCCUACUUCGAGUCUCACACAAAACGUACACUCACACAUACACGUGCACACAUACGCCCAUCGUCCAGACUGGCAAAAGCACACUCUUGCAGCAUGGGGAACUGAUUUCCGCACAAAACAAAGGCUUCAACUCACUGCUUUAGCAGUAUUUAUUAAGGGCCUGCCAGCCCAGGGCUCUGGAAUAUGGCAGGGCCUUCCCUGGCAGCCCUCCUGUUCACAGGCCUUGUCUCUGCAGGGGACAAGAGAGCUCUGAGCAGCUUGCUAAGGAAAUAAGACGUCAAGGGGAGUUGAAGUGCGCAGUCCCCAAACUUUACCAGGUUCUGAUCCCCUUCCUGUUACCAGCUCUCUGACCACUAAAUCGGAGUCCUGAAAACAGGCCUCACCAGGGAGGCAGGAGCAAAUCUCUUGAGCUGGAGUGUUCGAAGGGCAUGUAACUAGCACUCCCAACUCAGGAAAGUGCAAACAGGAUUAAUCCAGGCAACGAUUUAUCCCUUGUUCUGAGCUCAUUCUGUGCCAGGCACUGUGCUAAGCUCAGGUUCAGGCAUGACCCAUCGCACUGGCCAAGCCUCCAGAGCAGCCUCUGAUUCAUCAGGUGGGAAAGGCAGGUGAGCAUGUAUUUACUAGAGGGAACACCCGAGUUGCCAGAGGGGCCGGUGGUGUUCUGACCUGGCACAGUGGAUGGGCCAGAUGGCUCCCUGAGAUCAUUGUCAGUGGGAAGUUUCACUCUGGUUCCGGGGCUCUGCUCUUUCCUCCUAUAACAAGGGCUCGAGGAAGCAUGUUUCUCCAAGGAAAAUAAGAGGAUAAAACAAGCCCAGGAGCAAUCAGGCAGAGACUCAGUUGCAAUUAGGUGUCUGUUAAUGUUUCUCUUUCUCACUCUCUCCCUCCCUCCUCCCUUGGCACAAGGAACUGACCGACCAAGCCAUCACUAGGAGGAGGCAAAUCCCGGGCCUGCCUUUGAGUUGUUGAUUUCUUCCUUCCCUCCCAAGUUUCCAGGCCCGAGUCCCACUGACAGGGCCCAGCUCUUUUUUUUUUUUUUUUUUUAAGGUUUAUUUAUUUUUGAGAGA